AUUUAAUCUGCAGUUACACAACAGCUUAAAGUUCGAGGAUUUAACGAUCAGGUUGAACAAGAGGAUUGCUGACGAUAACAAGUAUUUUUUAAAACCAUACAAGCAUUCUAGCUAUGAUAGAUAUGUCCGUCAACGAAAGUCCACAAUUCUGUGACGUUUGCCUAAAUAGAGACCUCAAUAAAACAGCGGAAGAAUACUGUCCACAGUGUGAAGAGGUUCUAUGUCGGGAAUGUAGAGACCAUCACAAAAUAUCGAGAUCGUCAAAAUCGCAUAAGACAAUCACGGUAAACAAAUAUAACAGAUUACCAUACUUCAUCAAGAGAAUAAAACAUAACUGUGAGGAACAUGACUUCGUCCUUGAAUUCUUUUGUAAAUCUCAUGACUCUCUUUGUUGCAAAAUAUGUUCGAUAUCAGCUCACAAAGAAUGCAAGGAAAUUAUUUUCAUAGAAGAUUUUCUUACGCCUUCAAAAGGACUACCAUUAGUAGCUUUGGAUAACAUUGAAAAAGUUCUGAAAAAUCUGGAAAGUAACAUUUCUUCUGCUAUAAAAGACAGAAAUCGAAAUUUGACUGAUUUACGCGAACAGCAGCGGGUGAUUGCAAAACUAAUUAAGGAAAAGCGUCAAGAAAUUAAUACACUGUUAGACAAUUUUGAAGAGGCCUUGCUAGAAAAGGCAUCUUCACUUGAAAAAGAAUACAGUCAAAAAAUAGAGGACGUCAUUGCAAAAUUAAAUGAGGAAAAACAGAAAGUAGACGAAAUUAAAAAAGACAUCGAAUCUGUAAAAUCCUAUGCAACAAAUUUGCAAAUCUUUAUAGGAUCAAAGUUAUUGGAGGAAAAUGUCUCAACCAAUGAAUUCAAUGUUAAAAAAUUGUAUGACGAUGGUAGUUUUAACGAUGUGAUAAUCGAAUGUACAUUCAAUGAAAAGCUAGAUCAGUUUAUAAAAGAUAUAAAUGCAUUUGGGAAUAUGAGGGUGGACAAUAGUGAAAAGCACGUUUCUUUUUCAUGGAAAGGUGAUAAAUCAGCACAAAUUUAUCAACCAAUAUCGGGAGCAAAAUCGGUUGAAAAUAUAAAUGUCAAAAUUGUGCAUAAGAUUAACGUUGGUCGUGAUGGGCUUUCUGGAUGCGUCGUGUCAGAAUCUGGAAACAUGUUAUUCCUUAUUGCACACGAAAAUAGUCUGAUGAAAUAUUUACCUAAUGGUGAAUUUUAUUCCGAGUUGCAUAUAAACAUUGCGCCGUCCAACAUUGGAUAUGGCCUUGCAGUGGUUGAUUCAAACACGAUAGCUGUUUCAACUGGUGGAAGUGACCCACACAAAAUUUAUUUCAUUGAUAUCAAUAAUGCGGCAGUACAUCAAGUUUUUGAUUUAAAGGACUUCUGUUUCGGCUUAAGCUAUCACAAUGGAUCACUAAUGUGCUGCACCUAUGACAAAGGCGUACAAAUAUUUAAAAUUCCGAAAAGGUUUACUAGAGUGCAGUUACUACCUAUUGCAACCGGAUCAUUUAGCUAUAACUACGUUACCUCAAAUGACAAUUCCAUUUUUCAUUCAAACUGUCAUACUAAUUCUGUCGUUUGUUAUGAAUACAAUGGACAAGUAAAAUGGUCAUAUUCCGAUUCAUUACUCAGAAAACCAUACGGCAUCACCUUAGAUUCCCAUUCCAACAUUUAUGUUGCUGGUUCUGAUUCAAACAAUAUCGUAGUCAUAUCACCAGAUGGAAAACAGGCCAAAGAACUAAUUAGAGCUAGUGACGGACUUUCAAAACCUCAUGCCGUAUUUUUCCAUAAAACCAAAAACGUACUUCUUGUUGCUAACUAUAAUGAAGUUGCAUUUCUGUUUGACGUUCAAUGCAGUAAACAUUUUGCCGAUUGA